CCCAUUGGAGAAGCAUUUCUCUUUUUCUUUCUUUGCUUUCCUUUUCCUUCAAGUACUUUUUCUUCUUAUUUUUCCCUGCACAAAAUAUCCUGUUAUUUCACGUCUUCUACUUGGUUAAUGCAGGUAGGUAGGAGAUGGGAUUGUUGAGUAUACCUCAAAUCUAAUUCACUUGCUCUAUUGCUAUCUUCACAGAAUCAUUAUGCCUUUUGGGUUGGUCUCAGCAUGGAACAAGAGGCGGAGAAGCAAGUCGCAGGAUCACGUUGAUCCUUGGAUAUAUAAGCCUGUAGAAUUCUGGCAACUUGAAGUUCAGAAUCCGCCAGUGAAAAGACGGCAUGGGUCUUCAGUGUUCACCCUCAAGGAAAUGGAGGAAGCAACAUGUUCGUUCAGUGAAGAGAAUUUGCUUGGGAAAGGAGGAUUCGGGCGGGUUUAUAAAGGAACCCUGAAGUCAGGAGAGGUUGUAGCAAUCAAGAAAAUGGAGCUGCCACCAUUUAAAGAAGCUGAAGGUGAACGGGAAUUCCGUGUGGAAGUUGACAUCCUGAGCAGGUUGGACCACCCAAAUCUUGUAGCUCUCAUUGGUUAUUGUGCAGAUGGGAAACAUCGAUUUGUAGUAUAUGAAUUUAUGCACAAUGGGAACCUACAAGAUCACUUAAAUGGAAUAUGUGAACUGAAAAUGGACUGGCCUGUGAGGCUCAAAGUAGCACUUGGAGCAGCAAGGGGACUUGCUUAUCUCCAUUCCAGUUCUGCAGUUGGGAUUCCUAUUGUUCAUAGAGAUUUCAAAUCUACCAAUAUACUUUUAAGUGCAAAUUUUGAAGCAAAGAUCUCAGAUUUUGGUCUCGCUAAAUUGAUGCCUGAGGGCCAGGAGAUGUUUGUAACCACAAGGGUGCUUGGCACAUUUGGUUAUUUUGAUCCUGAGUAUACAUCGACAGGGAAGCUCACUUUACAAAGUGAUGUUUAUGCAUUUGGAGUUGUUCUUCUGGAACUGUUGACCGGACGCAGAGCUGUUGAAUUGAAUCAGGGGUCCACAGAUCAAAACCUAGUAUUACAGGUUAGGCAGAUAUUGAAUGAUCGGAAGAAGUUGCGUAAGGUGAUAGACCCUGAGAUGUCUCGGAGUUCAUACACAAUGGAUUCAAUUGCCAUGUUUGCCAAUCUGGCAUCUCGAUGCGUCCGUGCUGAGAGUAGUGAGAGACCCUCGAUGACAGAAUGCGUAAGGGAACUACAACAGAUUUCCACUAUUAAUGCAAAAGGCUUAAGCAUGGGUAUACGCUCAUUCAAAAUGGCCUGAAAACUAGAGCUAUAUUUUCAAAGAGUGAAAAUCUGCAUGAAUCAAACAAAAAUGUAAUUUAUUUUCUUUCAUUUUGGGGUAGAGGUUAUUGAACUAUUUGGAGUUUAUGAAAUAUCCAGAAGCUCAAUACUGUAAUGUCAGUGUAUUUUGAUAGAACAGAAAA